UUUCUGUUAUAAAUUUUGAACCUGUGCUCCUGUCUUUGGCUGGGAUUAUACUAAAUUAUUGCAACUUUUAGGCCACAACUUAUCAGCAGAAGGCAUUGGACAUAAAUGAGAGGGAGCUUGGAUUGGAUCAUCCAGAUACAAUGAAGAGCUACGGCGACCUAGCUGUUUUUUACUACAGGCUUCAACAUACUGAAUUGGCUCUAAAGUAUGUGAAACGUGCGUUGUAUCUUGUGCAUCUUACUUGUGGACCAUCUCAUCCAAACACAGCUGCUACAUAUAUUAAUGUGGCUAUGAUGGAGGAAGGCCUGGGAAAUAUACAUGUGGCACUUAGAUAUCUUCAUAAAGCUUUGAAAUGCAAUCAGAAGUUGCUUGGUCCUGACCACAUUCAGACCGCAGCAAGUUACCAUGCGAUAGCUAUUGCACUAUCCUUGAUGGAAGCAUAUCCUUUGAGUGUUCAACAUGAGCAAACAACAUUACAAAUACUUAGAGCAAAGCUUGGUCCAGAUGACUUGCGUACUCAGGAUGCUGCUGCCUGGCUUGAGUACUUUGAGUCAAAGGCUAUUGAGCAGCAAGAAGCUGCUCGAAAUGGUACGCGGAAGCCUGAUGCAUCUAUUGCCAGCAAAGGCCACCUGAGAUGUGCCAACUGAAUUUUCUACUUCCACUAAAAUGAUGAAUAUCCUAUGCCUGAUCUCCUUGAUUUCAUUGAUUCCAACCAAGAUGGUAGAGGAAGAGAUGCUGAAUCCCUGAAGAGGAAGAAUCUGGGUUUAAUGCCCCAAUAAUAUGUUGAGGCAAAGGAAGACGAGAGACGUGAACGGGAUGCAAUUACGAGGGACGACGAUGAUGAUUCCUCGUGGAAAAGACACGCAAUUAGAUGGAGAUUACGAAAAGAAAUGGCAUUCCACUUGCAAAAACUGUACAUGAUUUCUUUAUUAAUCUCCACGAGUUAAGCUAAGGUGGAUGACUUUCCUGGGAUUGGACUCCAUCCCAAUUCCCAAUUAACAGCUUGUAACAUAUCAACCAAUUAUGAAAGGAAUUAAUGAUUUAUUAUUGGUAAUUUAACUUGAA